UUCAGUUUCAUUUUGAACGUCGAACGUCGAGAACGCCGAGAACGCCGAGAAAACCGCUCUUAAAAACGACCCGCUGUAUAAACCGGGCUGAAGCCAUUGAAACGCGUGUGAACGGGAGCCCAACUAAAUAUUCAUUACUGGGCGGUCGCUUAAAGUGGAAAACGCCAAAAAGCUAACUUAAAAGCAACCAACUCCGCCGCCUCUGUUCUACUUGUAGUUCCCGAACAAAUUUAAGAGGAGGCUGCAAGGACUGUCAUGCAAAUGCGAAAUUUCUCAUGGCUUAAGAGGAGACACAGUUCUAACGAACUCAUGAACAUUGAAUGAGUUAAAUCGAACUAAUCAAACAAAUCAAAGCCGUUAAAACUCUUAAACACCAUUUUGGACAAGCUGCGAGCGACAAGCUAACCCUAUAGUUUGUAAGGCUAAAAAUAUGUUGGCGAGACGUUCAGGAAAGGGUAUACUUACACCCAAACCGAAACGAGAGACAUUGAGGGCUCCCGAAACAAUUUCACUGGUGCUUUUGCUAUGUUUGUCUCUUAUUGGACGCGUCAGUGCUCAAGUUGAUACCACUAUUAGUGAACAAGAAAGCCAAUCAGUUGUCCUACCAUGUCCCGUUAAUGAGGACAAGUGCGGAAAGCUGCACUCACUAAACUGGUUUAAGGGCGAUGAUCGCAUUGCUGCAAUGCUAUUAGGAGACAAUAAUGUGACAAGUGUUAAUAAAGAAUUUGAAGAAAGAGUGACUGUUGAGCAAAAUCCGUACAGGCUAGUUAUUAAGGACUUGAAAAUAGAUGAUGAAGAUAUUUAUCUAUGUGAUACAACAUUUUUUAUACCAGAAGAAACGUGUGAUAACUUCAAUGGAUAUCGAAUCGGGUUGAGAGUCCUAGUGCCACCCACUGAGGUUGUUAUUUUGGAUGCUAAAGGCGAUCGAAUCAAGAACGGCAGCAUAGUGGGACCCAUGCAGGAACGUCAAUCACUCAAAGCAACAUGUACCGUGAAGAACACCCGCCCUCAACCAGAGGUGGGGUGGUUCCGCGGAACCAAGCGACUAACAACUUAUUCCCCUACUCACGUAAACGAUGGUCUUUAUACGUCAACACUUGAAUUGGAUUGGUCAUUAUCCCGAGACGACCUUGCUCAGGACAUUGAAUGUCGAGUGACCUCUGCAGCCUUACCGAACACAACUGUUACAAAAUUUAGCGUGGACUUACAAGUACGACCGACAGGUAUUGAAAUUAAUGGAGUGGAACAUCAUACAGUACAAGGCAGCAAAGUGGUUUUAACAUGUGAUAUUUACGGCGCUCGCCCAGCUGUUAAUCUUUCAUGGUAUAAUUCAACUUACCUAAUAAGUGCUGAAACAAAUAACCUAACUGAAAUUCGGAUGAAAGCGUUUGAAACGAAUGAUGGCACUUAUCACACCCAAUCAGAACUAAUUUUUGCAACUCGUUUUGAGAAUGACCGUGUUUUUCGCUGUGAGGCUGAAAACGUUGUUUUGCAAUUAAAUCGAGAAAAACCAAUUUCAUCCGCGCUAAUAUUGGAAGUUUUGUAUCCCCCCGUUGUAAAAGUUAGUCCAUCUGACAUGAUUGCCAAUACAAGUGAAAUCGUUCUUCUUAAUUGUGAAUAUGUUGCGAAUCCUGCUUCUCUAACGCAAGUUGAAUGGUAUCGCAAUGAUGAACUGGUAAAUAUUAAUGACACCGAUCAUUAUAAAGGCGGUAAUUCAGAGAAUGUUGCCCUCGUAAUUAAAUCUACAGAAAAAAAAGACAUUGGAAAUUAUUCAUGUCAAUUAUCCAAUAACAUUGGCAAAGGAAUUUCUGAUCAGAAAAUAAAUCUUGACGUGCAAUAUGUCCCGAGUGUAGAGAUUUUAAUGAUACCAGAGGGUCCUGUAAAAGAAAGCGAUGAGUCGAAUGUCACCUUAUUUUGCAACAUAUUGGACGCAAAUCCUCCUGUUCUCAAUAAAGUGAGGUGGUACGCUAACUCUACGCUGCUAAAAGAGCUUCCGGACUGUGAGGAAACCAGAGAGGAUCUCUGCCACAUAGACCCAAGUAAACUGUUAUUGGAAAGUAUUGGACGUGGCUUUUUCUAUAAUUAUUCUUGUGAGGGCUUUAAUUCUGCUGGCUGGGGUCCACGCAGCGAAGACAAAGAAUUGAUGGUGCAUUACGAGCCCGGAUCUGCUGCACUUACUCUUUUUCCUUUAGUCGCCGUAAAGAAAAAGAGCGUGACAUUCACGUGCUCCGUAGAUGAUCCCGGCUACCCAGACACAAAUAGAUUUCGUUGGCUUCGCGGCGGUCGAGGUCCUCUCCAGGACAUUGUCACGAAGGACUGGACGGUGGAGCCGGUCGGCCUAGAUAGUCGGACCAAUUAUUCUUGCUACGCAUUCAACGAGGGGGGCAAAGGCGAAAUGGCUACAGUCAACUUGGAGGUACACGCACCACCGUUUUUUAUCAAGAACUUGCCACCUUAUACGGGAAUACUGCACACCACGGCCAAUGCCAGUUUGACCUGUCGCAUUGAGUGCGUUCCGCGCUGUGAGAUAUCUUGGCUAAAGGAUGGAGAGCCAAUACCGAAAAACGAUACUCGCUAUUUUGUUAAGGAAAAAUACAUGGAAUCAUCACCAGCCACAGGCGACUUUGAAAGCAUGCUAUCAGUUUUGCACUUUAAUAUAUCAAAUUGGCCUCUGGCCAAGUUCGAUAUCGAGGCUGAUAAUGCGAACUACACUUGUGUCUCAACGGGCAACACAGUGGGACCUAGCAUCAGGAGUCGCACUUAUUUCGGCAUUGAAUACGCACCGGACAAUACAACCGUCUCGGAGAACAUUGUUUAUGUGCAAGAAGAUAAAAUACCAGGCCCUGUGAUAUGCAAAUCCCGAGCUAAUCCAGAACCUUCAUAUAAGUGGUUUUUUAAAAACGAAACUAUAGCUAAUGGAAAUGCAUUAAUUAUUAAUAAUGCUAUGAAACGUACUGAUAAUGGCACCUAUACCUGUCUUGCCUAUAACAAGCAUGGUAGCAGCACUGCUGAAACCGUAAUCAAAGUUCAUUUUAAGCCACGAUGCGAAAUCGAAAGACGGGAAAUUGACGAUCAGGAUACUCUUAUUUGUACUGCUAUUGGAGAUCCUUCGGAGGCGGAUUUUUCUUGGUCAAUUAAAUCUGAAAAUGAAACGGUUGAAAGUUUGGGUAGCGGAGACAAAAAAAAUUUCGUCGAAAAAAGCUUCUACAUAUUAGAAAAGGACUAUGCAAUUUCUAGGACUUACAGAUGUGUGGCUAAUAAUACGGUUGGUUCCGGACCAUUUUGUGAAAUUGAAGUUGCUGCUGCAUCAACGCUUGUAAUUUGGUGGCAAGUACGCCCAAAAAAACAACUGGCAUUUUGGCAACUCUGGGAAAAGACAACACUUAUCAUAGUAACUGCUGCUAUAUUGGGCUUGUUGCUGACCGUUAUUAUUAUUUGUUGCAUAAUUAUAUGCAUUUGCCGUCGUCGUCGUCGCCAGGAUAAAUUACACGACAAGUCCUCUUCACUGGGGGAACCAUUGACGGAACCUGGCGAGUAUGAGAAUCUUCCAUUUCAUGGUCUGCAAACGGCACCUAACAAGUUCUCUACUACCCCUACAAAUUUUAAUAACAACGCAAAUUCGGUACGAGUUGCUCCACGACUCAAGAGACUCAAUGGAAUGAUCAAUCAGUCAUCCGUCAACCAUCAGCAAGAUCGUCAGUUCAUUCAACAUCCACAUGUCGAUCAGGAACUGGAACAAACUCACAGAUUACAAUACAACACCAAGCAUCUCCCCAUAUAUACUGAUCAGCAAAAUCAAAGCUUUAGUGGACUAGUUACCCCUCGCCAAGUUCAUCAUAAUGUAAUCAAUUGCUUUCCCAAGAGUAUUACCAGCACUGAGUAUUACCAGCAACAGAAUCAAAUCCAAUUACAAAUUCCAGCAAGAGCAGCUGAGCAGUUUAAUACCAGUUCCUUGUCCAACAUUGAGCUAUCAAAUUCUGUAGAGCUUGAUUGUCGACCUGCCUUCGCCGUGAUGGAACGACCAUCAACUAUCACAUGCUCGUCACUGUCAAACACUAAUCCCUUUUUGGCUGGUAGUAACUUUAAGAAAUACGAAAAAACGGGUGAAGAGUUGCUGAGAAGUAUGCCACGAGCAAAGCACAGCAAAAUCGCACUGGAUAUGGAAAAAAAGUUUUAUUCACUUAAGUUCCAAGAGAGCAAGCUAAAAAAUAAUGCACAUAUUGCAAACUCCUCAUUGGGCACCACCACGUCAGCUACAUCCUCCGCUACUGACGUUAACUCUUCAUCUACAUGCAAAAGACAUAAUUUUUUGCUGACCAUGGCCAGCGAUGUUGACUUGAGUGCGCAACCCGUGCGCCUUUAUGAUCUGCCUGCCUACGAGAAUAUGGUGGUUGAAGACUCAGCCAACACAAAUAUUAAAUUAAAAAUGGGCGAUGGCAAGCGAAGUUCUAACCAAAGCCUGGCCACUGCUCAGUUGCACACUCAACUAGGCGAAGAUAAAAUUAUAAAACACCACCAACGUCACCACCACCAGCAACAAAAUGACGAAGGGAUUUUUGCUGACCUUCCGUUAAUGGAUACCGAGCGUAUCAGCAUUUAUCGAAGCGACUCCGGAAUAUCCAAUAGCUCUUACGAGUCUCCAUUCCCUAUAGCGUUAUCACAGAAGCGACCACCAAGCCAAGGAAAUGUAAACACAUCCUCCGGCUCAGCUGUUCGAAAACAUGUUUACAAAAACAUAGAGGCUCAGCAUAGUGCCUUGACUCACGAUAAUUCAGCUUAUGAACCCUCUUCAACGAAAAAGACUUCUGAAAGCGGAGCAGCAUUAAUUAAUAAUUGCCCUGCGCCCUCAACCUGUGGAACGCCUUAUAGUAUUUCUGCCUCUUCGCAUUAUAACCUUCACCAGCCUCCUAUUCAGUGCAAAGGAAAUGAACAGACUACGCACGAAGAUUUUGAACAGUACAGAGUUGGUAAACAGUCCGCAAAUUCCGUCUCUACAGUUUACAACGCCUCCAGCAAAAGCAAAUGCAGAUCAGCACUAGUGCAGUGUGGUGGUGUUCAAGCUACGAACAAGAAAAACAAAUCGCUGGUUAUUAAUCCAUUUCUAGCAAGUAAUGGGAAUAAUAACACAUUCAUUGGCAAUAACUACAAAAAGAAACUGCGACGGCAAACCAUCAGCGACCCAUACGGACAUAUCCAAUGGCAGCCAUACGUUUAUUCUGCCGACAAUUGUGACGUUUCAAAAAAAAGCGAAGACUACCGUUCAGAAGGCGUUAGGGUUAACAGAGAUCGCUCCGAGUUCCAAGCAACAUCAGCAGAGCAUAUGCAAAUCAACAACAACGCAAAAACUAGUUGUACAAAGGCCAAACAUUAUAAACGACUCCUAAUAUCUAAUGACAUACAGCUCCAGAAGUCUCAAUUAGGCUCGUUAACCGCCAUCGAUAAUUUGCCGUCCGAGAUUGCUUCAAUCGUCCCGAUAGGUUCUUCGUCUAAUGGGACCCUCGAUUGUGUAGCCGUACGACGACCCAUACGCCUACCAUUGCGAAAACAUCACACCUUCCAUUUUCAAAGCACACAGACAGUAAAUGGCAAGCUACAACAGUGGCGGGAGCAAACGAGAAUUCAGCUGCGAGAACGGAAGAAGUUCGAGCAGGAAGCGAGGCCUUCGGUGUUGCGUCCUCUGGAUUUAAUUGAACAGCACGCCUUCAAGCCGAUUUCACUUACACCUACCAUAGCAGAUUCGGAAGAGCAAAAGCCAAGGGAUGAGAGUCAAAUCGAUCACCUGGAAUUACAACCUGAAUGCGGACAUAAUGUUACAGAGGCAGACGAUGAUGAAGACCUUGGCUACAGUUUCUGCGAAGAAGAAUCCAUGGUAGACAACGAUAACUAUCCCACCUCGGACAAUCUUAAUACUGCCCCAACCAACGGCUCCAGUACAUCGAAAGCUAUAGAAAACGCAACUGCAGGUGCUCUUGAAUACUUUAAGUCACAAAGCUGUUGUGAAGUACACAUUUAAAUAUAAAAUAAAUUCGAAAGCCUAAGUGAAGUAAACAAGGUAUUUUGUAAUAAAUAGUAAAUAAAUUUUAAUAUUACAUAUUUUUACCUUAAAAUACCUAAAAUUGUCAAUAAAAGUAAUAAUAAAUAUAUAAAUAGUAUUAGUUUCAUA